UUCCCUUGUUACCCUGUCACUUGUUACUCUGUUACCUUGUUACCUUGUGGGAAGUAAACUUCUUUUUUCAUGCAGAUUCUGCUAAAAAAUUGUUUUGUUUUUUGGUGAAACAUUUCCGCCUUGUCACGUAAUUUCAAACCAGUGGAAGUGGCUUCCAAUCACCGUAAAGUUCUCUCUCUACUCCGAAAUGACUGCAAGCAUUACAUCCUGGCCUAACCCGGCCAUGCUCUGUUUUGUUAUCCUUGUUUUCACAAAUUUCUGCGCAUAGACUGUGUCAACUACGCGGAAAGUCUGUAUCAUAAAACAAUUGAAAUGUAGACAUUUGAGCCUUUUUUUUUUUUAAUUUUUGGCUUCCCCAUCCACGUGUAUAAAAAUGAUAUAAACAGGAGAAAGCUUUGUUUGAUCAUGAUACGACACCCAAGGUUUCUGUAGGUAAGGAAGGCCUGAUACGGGGGCUAAAGUAUAUCGAAAAUAGUAAGAGGGCAAACAUUUAGCUGAUGACGUCAUAAUGUCACCAUACGUGGCACUUAAUUACUGGCAAACUGUCAAGUUGAUGAAGUACUACAAAGCUAUCCAGUCUCGUAGCAAUGUUGUUGAUACCGUUCGAGUUCUAUAGCAUUGCUCUUCGAGACCUGCCAGGCAAAAUAGAGUUUAAAAGAUCACGUGUCGGUAGGGCAUUUUAUCCCAAGCGUCAACCAUGCAGAUACUGUCGUGUCAUCGUUUUCCAAAAUCUCCUUUUACCAUCUGUCCACACGAAGGUGGCAAUUUCAAAGCUUCCAAUGUAGAAGAGCAUUUAAAAAGUUGCACUUUCCAUAGCCGUUUUCAUCGGAUACGUUUAGACGAGAGGCUUGUCCGGAGGGAAAAAUAUCCUUUUUCAAAUAACGUGUUCAUGGGGCCCAAGUUUCGUGAACAUAGACAUUAUUAAAGAACAAAUUACUGUUUCUAAUAUAACUUAAUUUAUUAUAUAGACAAGGGUGUUUUAGUGGAAAAUAUACCACUCGUGAAACUACAUCCGGGACUUGAGUAGCGUAUUUUCCUUAUCCUCAUUGGUGAGGAUAUCAAUGACGUCAUUUCCCGCUCAAACCGUUGUUUGAGUACAGUUUUCCAAAUGCUAAAACAAAAUGGCGAGCGAUUGAUUCGUGAACUUAUCUAAAGCUGACAUAAAAUAUCUCUUAAUACGAAAAAGAAACUUAAUUUGAAUGGCUUCAAGUUAUUCAUGGAGUUCCUUACAAGUGAAGACGAAAGGAGAGAACUUCAAGAAAUUCCUGCCGCCAAACUACAGAAGUUCGCGACAAAGUUUCUGCUGGGAGUGAGAUGCCAACAAGGUUUUUACUGGCAUCUACAUCUUUUGGAAGUUUACAUUUUCACUGCCCAUUUUAAAAUUCAAAAACUUAUUUUUGUGGGCUAUAUGAUGUACAGCUGAAUUGUGUUAGCCGCCAGGUUUACCUUUUGGCACAAACUGUAUGUCAACUUUAAAUUAAAUUCCAAUCUUAUUGUCUAUAUAAUAAAUAGAGGAUAUUACACGGCGGCUCGAAGAUAUGAAUUGUAUUUUCGAGUGGUGAAAAACAAUAUUUUACUCACUUGCUGCGCUCGUUCGUAACAUAUCGUUUUCACGACUAGAAAAUAAAAUUUAUCUUCCCGCCGCCGUGUAAUAUCCUCUAUGUAUCUUAUCCCAAUAUGAGCCUAGUGUUGGUGAAAAUAUAAUUGAACGCCGAAAUUAUCUUUGAACCAAAGUAAAGUGAAGUUUGUGUUGCGAUAGAAGAUUGUGGUCACGCGUGUCAACAAACCUCUACUCGAGCCCUGCAACUAAAGUUUUAUAUUAUUAGCUAGUCCACAACCAUAGAAGGCCUUAAUUUAGCGUGAUGUAUCUAUUUCUAGGCAUUUUUCAGGGAGCUUUUGUCUUGUCAGCGAUGAUAAGUGCCAUAUUGCUGCUGCAUUUUAUGAAGAGCCAUCGGUGAGGGCAAGAUUGUAGGUUGUAUGAAUGCAGAUUGUCAAUAACAACAACAACAAGUUUAUUCAGUACAGAGGCGGAUCCAGGGGAAGGGUUGAGGGGGUUUAGCCCCCCCCCCCCUUUGGGAAGUUUUCAAAGUUGUCUGGCUACCCGUAUAAGUUCCAGUGCAAUCGAUCAUUACAAGAAGACUGGAGUUAUUCAUCUCCUUGACUCCUUAAUUAUCCAAAUGCACGAUCGAUUUUCUGACGAAGAUCGCCACGCUUGCCAUCUGCUUUAUCUCGUGCCAUCGAUUAUAGUAAAUAAGGAACUGCAGCUGGACUGGAUGAAGUAAAAGGCAUGCCGUUCUGGGAGAAAGACAUUCCAUUUCUCAAAUCCCUUGGAAAAACAAUCCGGCAGUCAACAGACAGGAAGCUUCCAGACUUUUUAUUAGCACUUAAUGUUUGCGAUGAAGAUGCUUUCCCAAACAUCUAUUGUCUUCUGGUCGUUGCCUGCACCCUACCAUCUCUAGCGCAGAAGCUGAGAGAUUUUUUUCACUGAUAAAAUGAACCCAGACCUGCUCUAGGUCAACAAUGGAGCGAUUCUCUGAUCUCGCCGUGAUCGCCAUGCACUUCUCCGAGAUAUUAGAGGUAAACGAGAUAUUCGAAGCCUUUGUAAAAGCUCAUCUAAGAAGGCUCUUUCAAGCUUAAAUAGGCGGGUAAAAAAGAGACAAACAACUAUUAUCGUUGUUGCACUGUACUCUUAGUCCUUAAUAAUUGUAUCAAUAACAAAAUGCUUGAAUCUGAUAUUUUCUUAACAGUCCGUAUCUAUAGCUUAAUUUUGCUUUUGUAACUCUAAAACUGUUCGAUUUGACCUGUCCUAUCACCAGGAGCUUGUAAUCGGACAGGUCAAAUAGGACAGUUAAAAAACCAAUGAAAAUCAAGUAGCAAAUGCCACUAGCCAAUGAAAUUUGACCGUAUAACAAAUGAUAACCAAUCAAAAUCAAUGAAAAAAUAGUGACUAGGUAAGCUGUCCAGCUUCAACUGGAAAAGAAAAAUGGAUGAAACUAUCUGGUCCAAUGACUUUUAUUUACCUUAACAGAUAUUUCAAGACUGAGAUUCUCAAAUUUUGUUAUUGACUCAAUUAAUCCGUAAUAGGACUUCGUGUCAUACAAUUCAGGGGUAAUGGGGCUUGUAAUUUCAAAUUACUCGCCGAUUACUCCCUUAAUUAUACUCCACUCUGUCCUAUUACCAUUGCUAAUAGUGCCUCAAAUUCCUCUGAAAUCAAAAUGGAGAAAAUCUACAUAUUCAAACAUAACCCUCACCCUAACCCAAAACCAACCCUCCCCCUUCCCACCCUCCCCCCUCCCCCAUUCCCUUGGCUUUGGGACGUUUGCUUUGAAUUCUCAAAAUUACAACCCCCUCUUUGGAAAAAUCCUGGAUCCGCCCCUACAGUAUGACCAUUUAAAUACAUGGUGUUACCAAUUGCAAUACAAUACUAAACAAAUUGAUUUAAGGAAAUACAAAUAUAAUUGAAUGGUAUGUGAUUAAUUAGUAUUAUUACUAUUAUUAUUAUGUUUCUUUCGUCUUUCAAAUGCUUGAAAAACGAAAGCAGCAGUUAGCCUAAGUAUACUCGCACAGAGCAGUUGGGGUUGGGGGGGAGGACUGGGUUAAGUUUUAACCAUAAAUAUAAGGCUUUAAAUUACUGAUGACCCCCAAUGUGGGGCUUAUUUUCCAGGGGGGAGGGGGUGGCUUAUUGGAGAUGGGAUUUAAAGGGGCUAUGUCAGCUGGAGAGCUUCCGCGCUGAGGUUAUGCAAAUUACUUUCAACUGUCAAAAUUCUAUUGUUUUUAACGCGUGGCUUUCUCUGUCAAUUUCUUCUCUGGUUAUGUCAGAUAAAGGUCCCUCAAUUUCUUCGUCAAGAAGAAAAGUGUUAAGACAAUUUUACCGUUGUAGUUUUGAAGUAAAAAUGCAGCCAUUUAUAAAAAUAGAGCGCAAACAAAAAUUCCAGAACAACAUAUUAUCGUAGUGAACAAAAUAAAUCAAAGUUUUUUUUUACAAACGACCUACAAAUAAAAGGACUCUAGACCAAAGAUAAUGAUCAAGACUGUUUCAAAUCAUUAACAGUUAGACUUGUCUGUCGUUACCCAUGCCGACAGAACAAAAGAGAAGCUGUUUUUGAUGUCUUUUUGUUUUGAUCUUAGGGAAACACAUUGAUCGCGCAAAAUUGUUCAAUCGUGCAGAAUCACUGCGACGUCGAGAAAAAUAGAACCAAGAAUUAUUGGAAUACUAUUCCACUGUAAGCAGUCGGUGAACAAAAAGGGAAAGUAAACUCUGCUAUUUUCCAAAAAAUAUGCUCGAACACAAGCAGUUCCAAAACAUGGCAUUCACAGGAUCAAACUCUUACUGGUGCCUCUCUAAGUCCGUUGAGAACCAGCUGGACGGGCAAAUAAGGAAUCUAGCCGAAUUCCAUGACGUUUUCCUCGCCAGAAGUUUAGUUUCGUCACCAAACUCGUCAGUGGCCAUGCUGUUGUAAUCGUUAAUAAAAACAGCCGCGUCAUUAUAUGUGCACAUACUUUGGGCACAUACACACACAAGAGCUAGGAGCCUCUAAAAUAACUCAACCGAAAGAUUCUGACAGUGAACUACAUGGAAUUCCAUCACUAGUUGUGGAUCAGCCGUCGUUAAUUCUCUGCCAGUAUAACGGCCGCUGAUAAGAGGACACUGUAAGUCCACGUAAAAAUAUUCCCAGGGCAAACAAUUUCAAAGAUAACGCAAAAAAAUUCUUCUGUAAUCACCACAGAAUGAUUAUUAAUACAAAACUUCGCCAACUAUUAAGAGACGGCUGAGUUUUAAACGGUUAAAAGCAGCCUUCCAAAAUCUCCGACAGAACUUGAGAAAGUCGCGUUGACGUUUUCUAGCUUGUAUUCAUUGGCUCGCGCAUCCCUUCAGAGAGGGUAAGCUUAUUUAAAACUGGUGAGGCAGCCCUUGGUAAUUCAUUUUAUUUCAAAAAUGGUAUCACCAAAAAUUCGAUCUCAGUGAAGGAUUUUACAAUCGCUGUGAAGGGCACCCAGCA